AAACACAUAUAGAGCAAAGUUUAGGCUUUUAGGAGUUUAUCUAUUGAUCUGGAGGGCCUCUGAGGAGUUUCAAACUUCUAUUUUUGAGCAAUGGCCAAUCACCUUUUACUUCACGAAGAGAACAAAGUACAGGGGGACGAAGAAUGUGGUACAUCACAUCAGUGGCGCUCACCAAAGGAAACUGGGAAGGCAACAAAACGGAAACAUAGUGGUAACAACGGCAACUAUGAAGCAAAGAAGCUUUGUACUGGCAGCAGCCCCGCUCAGCAAAAAGGUACCAAAAGAAAAAGGAGUGCACCACACAGUGACCAAUGUGAAGAACAAAAGAAAGGACGGUGCUUCCCAGUCCAGUGCUCAGAGGAUAAUGAUAUGACUGUCCUCGUUGAGCCACUCAAGCUUUUGGUGUUCACUGAAAAAGAUGACGUUGAGAGAUCCAAGAAGAUGCAUGCACUUCAGGAGCACCACCCGCACCUGACGUUUGACCAAGACAACACACACGUAUAUGCAAGUAUUGUCUAAGUGCAAUGAACCAGGUACUUUUUGAACAAGAGGAAAUCAAAACAAACGGAAAUGCAGAAACAUACUCUAAGAAUUCUCCCUUUACAAGAUCUCUGAAGAAUGCAGCGACUACCGAAGACAAAACAACAAGUGAAUACUACAGAGAUGGUUAGUAAAUUGUAGAUUUGCAGUGACCAGUCAAAGUCUUCAGCUGUUCCAUUUGGAGGUCACCUGCAAACUCCCAGGCCCCUGAGAAAUAGUUCUGAACACACCUGUGCCCCUAUCACCCAGUUUUUCCAUGGGCCAUUCUGUUUAAUUCGCAGCACUCCAAAGCCAACGUGAAGGUACUUCGACCGCUACACCUCGUUCUUCGAAGGUUUUCUUUGGAGGUUUUGGAACAGCUGAUACAAACUGAUAGUCCUAUUAACUGCAUCUGGAUAUGUACAAAUGUACAAAUUGGUACUUGUUCACUGCAAUGUUUUUAGAGGAAUCAUUAUACUUACUUCCAGUCUUUGUUUUACCAUUUUUAUAUUUUUACUUCUAUUGUUUUUGCAGGUUUUCUUUGAAGGAAUAAAUAAAAGGUGAUGCUUUAGCUUCAGGGUUAAACCAUGUGGCCUUGAGAGUAACCCAAACUCACAAUCUAUUACUGAAAUGAUAACUGGUUAGUUACGCUAUUUUCAGGCAGGGGGAAGGAGGGAUCUUACGGAAAGAAGUUGUACAAUUGACAAAAUAAUUAACUGAGAACGAGGAGUUUUUCUUAUUUGAAGUUUAAGGAAGUUUGCAAGGAACUAUACCUAUGUAUACCCAGUGUUGGAAACUCUAACCUACACAUACGUAGUGCCCGAGGUCUUUCAUGUGUUGUACUUAAAAGCCAGGGUGAGAUACAUCACUGAAAAGGACCGAAGAUCCAUGCAAUGUGGUUUUAGACUUCUUCAAACGUGAAACCUGAGCCACUGUUGCAGAGUAAAACUGAUAUAACAAGUGAGUUUGGAUUUAGGAGAGACCUGAUUGUAGGUGGCAGACUGGUCCAUUUCUGCUGUUUCUUUUUCGUGACAAGUCCCAAACAAAUUGACAGGGACUGAUGCUAUCAUACACCAAAGCAGAGCUGCAGGCUGGUUUUAAUUGAUGGUUAUUAGUCUGCCUAACUGCCAUGAGAGAUUUGUUAAGUUUGACAGAAUGCUCUCACAGGACACAAAUUGGCACACCAUGCAUGUUGGAAUCAGUGACUACCGGUACGUAAAGGUAGGUGAGAAUACAUUGUUGCAAUAAAGUAAAUCUUUCAGAUUCGUCAAAAUCCAGUGAGAGAGGUUCUUGUGCUGGGAUGAUUACAUUGUAUGUACUGUCCAAGGUUGUCCUGGUCGAGACCAGACACGAUGACAUGCACAUGCAUUCCAUGAGGCUUGAUGACCAAUGAAAGUUGAGGUUCAUGCUGCAGGGCCUGUUUCCUGCUCAACGGCUGAUUCCAAGAUGUACAUGUAUAGUUAACACUAAAUCCAAUGCUUUUGCUGGGAUUCUUUCACAAUACAAUAAACCAAAGGUAAUUCCUUUGUCUUAAAACUAAGAUGUUCGCUGAAUCAUACAUUUCCACCUGUACACAAAAGUAGUUGCCAAUUUAUGCAUUAUAGCAGAUUAAAGAGGAACUUUUCAUUACUCUUACGGUGUGAAACUUAAUGUGGUUGAAAAAUUUAGCAUUUUGAUUGUUAAAAAUUAAUGCAUAGUUUCAUCUUGCACAGUGCCUUUAGAUGCAUGGAUGUUGACUGUGCAGUUAGUGAUGAUAAAAACAAGUCAGAAAACAUGCGCAUGUACAUGAACCUUGUGUACUGUGCAUGCAUGCUAAUGCUGACAUCUGACUGCACGUUAUCUGAAAUUGCACAGUCACAAUGUAAAUGAACUUAACAAAAUUAGCAACCACUUCAAAUACAGUCUACUAAUGCUCCUUUUCUACUGAGUUGGCAUGGUAUCUGUUUUGUUUUCAUUAUGGAAUUCAAAGGCAAUGUGUCACUUUAAAACACCACCUGCUACUCUAGGUAUUCUGAGUGACAUGUAGUAAAUUUGUUAGAGAUCUCAGUCUCUGUAUCAGUGACAUCUACGUACAUCGGAAAGUGAAAAUGUACAGGUUCCCUAUGAAUGUCACAUUCCCUUUACCAAAUCCAUAACAUGCUAUGACCAAAUGGACUGAACUGAAGAAUGGAAGACUCCAAGAAGGAUAAAGACCAACAGAUCUUGUUGUGCAGUCAAAAUGCUUGGCUUUCAAAUAACUUUUAGAAAUGUGAUAGGGCUGUUGAUACAUUGCAGUGCAAAGUUUCACAGGACACUUUAAGCAUCAGUUAAUCUCAUCAGGUUUAAAACAAAAAUGGUUUUGACAUUAAGAAUACUCACCCACUAUCAUUCUAUUCCUGUUGACUACGUAAAAGUAUUCAGUUCAGUUAUGGACUGCACUGUGCCCAAAUUAUUUAGUAAUAACUUUCUAUUAUACUGCUAAAACUUUUAAAAAAUGUGUAGGGCUUUUGGCAUUCCAAGUGACUGUGUGCAUCUAUGCAAGUAAACAAACCAAGGGAUGUUACACAAUCCUCAAUUUUGAAAAGAACAGAACAUUAAAACCUGUAUCUUGAAUUACAAAUAUUACUUGAGAAACAGCAUUCCAAUAUAAUUCCAAUAUCUCAUGUAACAGUUACUAAGCAGUCAAAUGAAUAAUGAAUAAGUGGUGGACAAUAAAUAAAUGAAAGAAUAAAACAGCCCCACACACUUCUUUCCAAAUACUUGCUCUCAACUGCCUCCUUAUUUUGCCUACAUUGACAUACUACAGCUUUAUAACCUCAACCCUGCUGAACCGGAAACCAAAAUCCAAAACAGGCAGUAACUUGGGAUUAUUCAAGCAGUCUUCAACUGAAUCAGUAAUAAAAAACAUUACAGUCAGGGUUUUUGGUGAGACUUUAAUUCAACUUUUCAAGGUGGAAAUUUAACCAUAUUUCACUGCUGCUGUAUUCGGAAAGCUCAGCGCACACAAGAAAUCCUUAAUGAAAUUUAAA